UCGCAGCUCGCUCACUGCGCGUCUGCAGCACAACAUAAAAGAAAACAAUGCACAGGAAGGGGACAGCUGGAGCUCUCCGCACAGAGUGAUCAUGGCCGGUCGGUGGCGCGACGGUGCUCGCGUGUGUUCGGGAGAGCAGGACGGUGGCCUCAAACCGGCACGAAAGCUCCGCCAGCAGCAAGAACCGGGCUCAGACACCGGGGACGCGACGGAGCCGCCGCGAGGACUGCCGCGAUGGAUGCGGCUUUACUUCUACGGGAUGCACGGCGUGACUCUGGAUGUCCUGCUGUCAUCCUUACAGGGGCUUUUGCACUCACGGGACCCUAAGCUGAUGGGCUUUUCCUCUCCGUAUCUUUGCAUCAUGCAUUCGCUGACCCAUUUUGCGCUGGAAAAGAUCUACUCACAGAAGAGGUGCUUCCUAGGUCGGCCUGUGGUGUUUCAUCUUGUUUUCUACCCGUCCAUCUACAUCGGGCUGCAGAUUCUGAUCGGGAACAUUAACACUUUGGCCGAGCAAGUGAGGGUGGUUUCUGGGACUCAGCUGGUAGUGCAUUACAUCCUGGCUCUCUACUUCUCUCAGGUGUUUCACAGAGAGCUGUCACAUCUACAGUAUCGCCCAUCAUUCUCCGCUGACCUCCAGCUGGAAGGCAGACCCCCGCACGGUCUUCCCGGCUUUGCGCGCUUCUUAUUCUUCGGGAUGCACGGCUUUCUGGACGAGGUCCUUUUCACCUCUCUGUUCAACCUGGUGGAGAAGUCUGACAGGACCCUCAGCGGUCACACGUCCCUGUGGUCUUUCCUGAUGUACGGAAGCUGCAGCUUCGUGGUGGAGAAGCUCUACCUUUACCUGCACUUCAGCCUGGGCUGGGGGUCCUGGCGACGACUCCCCAUCUACAUCUGCUUCAUCUACACGUGGGAAUUCUCGUGGGGUCUGGUCCUGAGGCAGUUUAACGCUUGCUCGUGGGAUUACUCCCACUAUCCUCACAACUUCAUGGGACUUAUCACCCUGCUCUACCUGCCCGGGUGGAUCUGCUUGAGUCUCUAUCAGGACGUGCUGUCCAAUGUCCUGCUGAGAAUCAAGUGCACCAAAGAUGUGCAUGAUUUAAGUGAAGAGAAUGGAGACGUCAAUGGACAACUGGAGCCAAACAAAAAGCAACUUUAAUUCUAAGUUUGAUGGUUGUAAACUAAUAUAUAAGUGAGGAAGAAAUACAACUAAUUUAAUAAGGGAUAUCUAUUUAUUAUCAGGCAGUAAACAACAAAAAUCAGAGUCUACGUUACACCUUCUAAAAAUGAACAUUUGUCCAUAUAUCAAAAUAUUGGUAGCACUUUAUAAUACAGUCCACGAUCAAGGGUGUAAUAGACUUAAAUGGAAUUUACAUGUAGACAAACUUGAAUAAGAGGGUAAUAAUUCAACUCUUUUUUUUUUUACAGGAAAGCAGAAAAAUGUUCUUAAGUACUGCAUUUGUAAUUUAAGUAGUGCACAACAUCUGGGUAUUUUACAGGAAAUGAGAUAGAAAUCAAUCAUUUUAAGUAGUGUAUUAUUUCCAUCUAUUUUAGUGAACAAAAAAAGAUCCAAAUUUUAUUCUAUAUUUAUGCUCUACUUUUUAUAUUGACAUUGUGAAUUGCAUUGGUGUGCCUCAGAGUAUAAGUGGGCGGAUCAAUCCAAAUACUGUUAGAUAUAAUACCGAAGCUAGUAUUGGUGUGGGAUUGAUACUAGUGUGAUAGGAUUGAAAUUUUGUUUCUAGGUUGGACUCCAAGGAAAAGUAAACACCAGCCCGAUUACUCUAUUGUUAAAAGAUCACAUGGGCCACCUGUGUGGCCUGCAGUAUUUGCAACUUUUAGUUUUUUCUUCUAAGUGGGAAAGGUACUUUUAUAGGUAAUAUAAAUGGAAAAUUGAAUAUAAUCCAGAAAAAAAUGCAAAAAGUACAGCAUAUUUACAGUACAGGAUGGUUAAACUCAGAGAAAAAGAAAAUACCUGGACAUAAUAGACUACUUAAAAUUAUAAUUAUUUCUUCUUUCCUGUAAAAACGUGACUUUUUAGCUCUAAUUCUAGUUUAUCUACUGCUAAGUACUUAUAGGUAAAUAAUUAUCAUUUGUGGGUUUACCACUAUCAUUCAUGCAGUACCUAAAAUUAUAUACAGUAUAAUUAUUUCUUCUUCCCUGUAAAAGCUUGAAUUAUUACCCCUAAUUCUAAUGAGUCUACUACUAAUUAUAUCUAGAUUAAUAUAAUAACAUUGUCAUUUCAGAUAAAAUACAUUGGCAUACCAAUUCUAAUUCUAGAGUUAUUGCUCUCUUAGCUGCGCUCUGUAUUAUAAAAUACUAUCAGAUUUUUUAAUACGUUUCAUUUUCUUCAGGCUGGUGAAGAUUGGUGUGUUCAGCAAGAUUUUCUGUGGAGGUAAUAACUUCUGGAAGUUACGAGUCGACCCUAACCCUCGUUACCUGUGCUUUUAUUCUGCUCUGCCUGAUAUUUUAGGGUAUAGCAAGGAAUUCAAAACUUUGGACCCUAACUGUUUAAAUUCAAUUACUGCCGUUUUUACCCAUUUAGUGGAAAAUACAGUUGUAACAUGAACAACUUUUACAUGUCCUCAUGACUUUGAAAGUGUGAAGAUUCCGUUUUGUAUGGAUUGCAGUGACUGAUUUCCCGUUCUUCACAUAUGGCAGAUGUGUUUUGGAUUUGAUCGCUUACGUUAUUCACCUAUACAUCAGCAUGCUUUAAGUGUCCUAUCUGCAUGCUAAAAUACCAGUAAAGCUUUCUUUUAUUCAUUAACUCACAUGUAUCAACUAAUAUUCCAAAGUCAGUAUUUUUAAGACAGAGUCAUCUGUUAAUUUUUCACCUUUUUAUUCGACUCCUUAACAUUUCAAAACAAACUGCAUCCACUCAGCUUGUUAACAUGAUCACAGAGCAAUGCAUGGCAAUUCUUAGAGUUGAUAUAAACCCAGUGGUAUAUGUAGCAAAGGAAUCCGUAGCUAAAUGAUUAUGAGGAGACAUGAUGUUGCAGUUUCUUUUUCAUGACCCAAACACUGAUUUGCUCGAGUGCCUUCCUGCGCAAACUGAGUCCAAGCGACACAAAAAAAACUCAGCUUUUUAUCUGCAAGUGCUACAAUUGUGGGUCGAAAGGAAGUGCCUGACUGAAAAUGGAUUUUGGGGGCCAAUGUCAAUAUUGAUUUUUUUAUUGAUAUACAAAAUAUGUGACUUAGUGAUAUAUGGGUUAAUAUAAUAUUGAUAUAAUAUAGGCCAUACCGGUUCACCAACAUACUGUAGCAGCCAGUCACCUAUAUGUAUCACCUGUAUCAUCUAUAUUCUCUAGAUAUUAACCUCCUAUGCUGCCUCAUUAGAAGUAAUAUGCUUCAAUGAACUGCAAAGAAAUGAUUCUGCUCUGUGACCUUUUUGAACACCAUUAAAAUAUUAGAAUCAGUCACUUUGCACUUAGAAUUAGAAACACGAUGAUCUUCUCUGGGAUUGAUUGAUUAUUUAGGUGACAAAUUAUUUUUUGUCUAUACAAAUUUAGAAGCAUACUUUGCACAGGUGCUUUAUUUUAUUAUUUUGUUUAUCAACAAAUAUUCAUAUUAAUUGUUUUUUUAGUUUUAAAGCCCUUUGAAAUUCUACUGAUAUGAUUAGCACUGAGAGCUGAACUGAACCCUACUCAGCCUAAUACUUUGGCUACUGAUUUUAUUUCCUUGUUUAACCUGGCAGCUACACUGGUGUUCUUAAACAUUUACACUCUGUCCCACAUGAAUAACUUUGUACAACUUACAGUUUUUUUCCAUGACAGAAUAACUGUAUUUUAAUCAUACUUAACUUUCGUGUUUGGCUGUGCACUUUUUGAAGAUUUUAAAAAAAUGACCAAACUACUUUUAAAAAGCUAUAAAAAAAAAAAAAGAACGUUUGAAAGAAAUUGCACAAUAACUAAAAAAAAAUAUCUCUAACUUGCAAUGGCAUGUACUGUAUGACUUAGAAUUUUAAAUAAAAAUACAAUUUUCCUGUGA